AUGGUCGAGCCGAAACAAGAGGUAAUCGCUCUCUCAGAGGGUCAAGAGCCCACGGACCAGAGCCCAGAAGCCAACCAGACUACUGCAGCGAUAGACGACCUUCUAGAUGAUGACGUUCUACGCGAGGUCUUCCUGUACUUCCCCGCACAGGCCCACUGGAAAGCCUUCCAUCCGCAUGAGGAAUCGACGUGGCUCUCGAUAACGCACGUAUCGCGACGUUGGCGAACCCUGUCACUCUCCAUGCCUACCAUUUGGUCCCAGAUAAUCACGACGCCCGCCUUCUGGGCCCCUCUCUGCCUCGAACGUUCGCAGAACGCGCCGAUCAAGAUCCAUCUGGAGUGGCGAAAGCUCUAUACUCGAUGGAACCCGUCCGACCAGCUCGUCGCAUCAGUGCUCGGCCACCUUAGCCACACGCGCGCAUUGAAUCUCGAAUCCGUUCCCGCACCUACAUAUGACCGCUUUGUUUCAUUGUUGAAACAGCCGGCCGACGAGCUCUUCGAGUUUCAUCUCCAGGCGGAGACCGCGCAGGGUCUCCAACCCCUCACCAUACCCGGCGAUAUCUUCGCAGGCCGUGUGCGACACUUGCGUGACCUCGCGCUCGAAGGUCUUGCCUUACGCUUCGAAUGGAAGAGUCCCAUCUUUUCGAGCAGUCUGACACGGCUCUCGCUCACCGAGCUAUCAGAGCGGGUCUGUAGGUCGGAGCUGUAUGCUGCUUUACGACCCAUGAGCGAGCUCGAGCACCUCAGAGUGGCAAAUGCUCUACAUCUUGUACCUUCGAGCAGCACUGCGGUGCCAACCCUACCGCCUGCUGGUGAGCGCGUCACCCUACCGAAGCUCAAACGCAUUUCCCUCGAGGACCACGCACUCGACGUGUGCGAUUUCGUCGGGCACCUUUCUCUACCUCCUCUCUUGACGAUCUACAUCAAGAUGGCGCAGAGGGACGAGCAUGAGGACGCAGUGCCGUCUGUCACCGCUGCCGCGCGCGUUCUAUCUCUAUUAGCUACGCCGCGAGCUUCGCAGCCCAAGCAGCGUUGUGAGGUCAGACACUUCAAGACCGACCAUUUCGAAGUGCGCAUGGCUACGCCUGCGGAGAAUGGCGACUUCAGGGAGGAGAAGGACCACUUGAACAUCACAUUCCGAUGGAAGGCGUUCAACGCCCGUGUCGAGCGCGCUGCGGCUUUUCUGGCAAUCUUGGGCGCAUUACCCUUGCACGCUGCGCACGAGCUGCUCCUGAGCUCGCGCGAUCCUCUCAGUAGUGUGCCCGCGCAGGAUUGGGCGGCGCUGGGGUUGUUCCCUUCCACGGAGAUCGUGACUCUCGGUGGGCAUGCCGCCUAUGGCUUCGUGCACGUUCUCAACACGCCCGGGGCUUUACCAAGGAUGCGGAAACUCGUCGCGUCUAACGUUCACUUUGCCUCUCCAACCCGCAGCGAGGGCCUAGGCGCAACUCUCAUACAGCGUCUGACGGAAGCGCCCCUCGAAGUCCUCGAGAUAAGAUCUUGCAACGUCGCGGAGGAGCAGGUUGCCACCUUCCGCCGGCUUUGCGAUGAGGUCAAGCGCGAAGGAAGUGCGAAUACGUGGGGCGCUGUGGGAACGAGCGUUGCUGCUAUGGUAUCUGAACCUGCCGGGCCUCCGGCGGGCGCUCUCGACGAAGCAGAAUAG